AUGGAGCGGGAGGGCGGCGGCCCGGGGCCCCCCGCGCCCCACGAGCCCAUCAGCUUCGGCAUCGACCAGAUCCUGGGCGGCCCCGAGCCCACGGGGCCGCACCGGGCGGCGGCUGAGCCCGACUACGGGCUCUACGGCAGCGGCUACGGCCCCACCGGUCCGCUCGGCUCCUACAAUCUCAACAUGAGCAUGAACGUGAGCGUGAACGUGACCCCCGCGCCCGCCGCGCCGCCCGACAGCCUCACGGGGCUCACCUUCCCCUGGAUGGAGACCACCCGCCGCAUCGCCAAAGACCGGCUCUCAGCCGCGCUGUCGCCCUUCGCGGUGACGCGGCGCAUCGGGCACCCGUACCAGAACCGGACGCCGCCCAAGCGCAAGAAGCCGCGCACGUCCUUCUCCCGCGUGCAGAUCUGCGAGCUGGAGAAGCGCUUCCACCGGCAGAAAUACCUGGCCUCGGCCGAGCGCGCUGCCCUGGCCAAGGCCCUCAAGAUGACGGACGCCCAGGUCAAGACCUGGUUCCAGAACCGCCGCACCAAGUGGAGGCGCCAGACGGCGGAGGAGCGCGAGGCGGAGCGGCAGCAGGCCAACCGGCUGAUGCUGCACCUGCAGCAGGAGGCUUUCCAGAAGAGCCUGGCGCAGCCGCUGCCGCAGGACCCGCUCUGCAUGCACAACUCCUCGCUCUACGCCCUGCAGAACCUCCAGCCCUGGGCCGAGGACAACAAGGUGACGUCGGUCUCCGGGGUGGCCUCUGUGGUGUGA